GAGGUCCUAACUAUCUCUGGGUCUUCUCUAUCUUUUCCCCAGACCGCGCUGCCAAUGGGCCCCUCCCCUACCACCGCAUCUGGUUCAUAUAUAUCUCUUGCGUCCAUCCCUCCUCGCUGUCCCGUCUCGAAAGGUUUCUCGCUCUCCAGUCUCGACUCCAUCCGUCUCUGGUGAUACCCCACUUCCACCCAUAGAAGUCUCUUGUCUCUGCACCCCGACAAAGACUCACACACCCUUCCGACAGUCGAACUCUCGACCACCUUUUCCCUUCAUCGACACACCUUGUCCUUUGACAUCUCUCACACACGACACAGCCCAUCAUGUCGUACAGUUGGGUGGGAGCUCCCACGGAGUUCAAUGGCACGAAUCCCGAUACUGGCGGUGAUUCCGUCACCGAGAACCUUAACCAGUGGUAUCAGAGCGGCGACCAGGCCUAUAUUCUCGUCUCCGCUUGCAUGGUCCUCAUGAUGAUUCCCGGUAUCGCUUUCCUUUACUCGGGUCUCGCCCGUCGCAAGUCGGCUCUCUCGCAGCUCUGGGUCGCCAUGAUGACCUUCUCCCCCUCGCCCGGCUCGCCUCUGGUCCCCGCGCUUCUCUACUCUUUCUACCAAAUGAUGUUCCUCGCCGUCACCGCCGCCCUGACCGCCGGUGCCACUGCCGAGCGCGGUCGCGUCAUUCCCUGCAUGGUCUUCAUCUUCUUCUGGGCCACCCUCGUCUACUGCCCCCUAGCCUGCUGGGUCUGGAACGUCAACGGCUGGGCUUUCAACUACGGCGUUCUCGACUACGCCGGUGGUGGCCCCGUCGAGAUUGGCUCCGGCAUGUCCGCUCUCGCUUACUCCUGGGUCCUCGGCCGCCGCAACGAGAAGAUGAUGCUGAACUUCCGCCCUCACAACAUCUCGCUCAUCACCCUCGGCACCGUCUUCCUAUGGUUCGGCUGGCUCGGCUUCAACGGUGGUUCUGCCUUUGGCGCCAACCUCCGUGCCGUCAUGGCUUCGUGGAACUCGUGCCUGACUGCCAUGUUCGCCGCCAUGGCUUGGUGCCUGCUUGAUUACCGCCUUGCCAAGAAGUGGUCCCUCGUCGGCUGGUGCUCAGGCACCAUCUCCGGUCUUGUCGCCGCCACUCCCUGCUCCGGCUUUAUCCCUCCCUGGGCUUCCAUCAUCCUCGGUGUCGUUGCCGGUGUCGCAUGCAACUUCGGCACCAAGGUCAAGUUCAUCCUCAAGAUUGACGACUCGCUCGAUGUCUUUCGCUGA